UGUUGCAGUUCUUUGCCACCAGAUGGCGCUGUACACUGAGAGCGGUUUCUACAGCUCAACAAAACCAUCACGGACACAAAUGUGAACAAACUGCAGGUGUGGACCAAAGUGCUACAUAUCACAUGAUUAUUCAAUAUUCCAUAAAAAUAUCUUAGUAAUAAUUUCAGAGCCCUGGAGAGAUGAAAGCAAGCAGAAGUUCCCAAGUUAGUUAACGGUUAAAAACGCCUGCUGCCUCUGAGGCCCCGCCUCCUUUGGGUGAGUCAGCACAACAGGAAGCAGGAAGUUCACACCGCUUCUACUCACGUAUGUCACUGGUCUCUGGCUGUCAGUAAAACCGGAGCGCUGGUGUCAGAAUGGCAGCCAGGGUCUCACUCUCAGAGGUGGAUCUGUCCUGUCCCAUAUGCUGUGAAAUCUUCAGAGACCCAGUGGUCCUGAAGUGCAGCCACAGCUUCUGCACAUCCUGUCUGCGGCAGCACUGGGUUCACGGAGGGAGCCGCGACUGUCCCCUGUGCAGGAGCGAGUCUCUGGACGACCCCGUGCCCAGCCUCACCCUGAAGAACCUGUGUGAGUCUUACAUCAAGGAGAGUGAGAGUCUGGAGGAAAUGGCGGGGGAGCUGUACUGCGAACCGGGGGAGGUGUGUCCUCUUCACGGGGAGAAGCUCAAGCUUUUUUGCCUGCCAGACAACGAGCCCAUCUGUGUGGUUUGCCACACCUCCAGGAAGCACAAACAGCACGACUGUUGCCCCGUCAGCGAGGCUGUUGUGGAUGUGAAGGAGAAAAUGAAGUCUGCCCUCAGCUCUUUGCAAGAAAAGAGGGAUGCUUUUGACAAAAUGAAGAAAAACUACGAGGAUGCUGUGGCAUACAUUCAGGUCCAGGCUCGAUUUGUGGAGAGGAGAACACGUGAGGAGUUCGAAAAGCUUCGCUCUUUCCUCCAAGCCGAGGAAGAAACCCGGAUGGAGGCGCUGAAGAAGGAGGAAGUGCAGAAGAGUCGAGCGAUGAUGCAGAAGAUCGAGGAAAUUACCCGAGAUAUAACGUCGGUGUCUGAAUCCAUCCGAGUUUUAGAGGAGGAGAUGGCUUCGGAGGGCAUCUCUCUCCUUCAUAACUGCAAGAGGACAUUGGCAAGUGCUGAGAGCCCAACAGAAGCUCCAGUUAUGGCUCCUGGAGCACUCAUAGAUGUGGCCAACUAUUUGGGCUCUCUGACCUUCCACAUAUGGGAGAAGAUGCACAAGAUCGUCAAAUACACUCCGGUGACUCUGGACCCCAACACGGCUGCCCCCUGGCUCGUCCUGUCGGACGAUCUCACCAGCGUCUGUGACAGCGAUGACAAGCGGAAGCUGCCCGACAACCCGGAGAGGUACGACCCCGACACCGCCGUGCUGGGCCGCGAGGGCUUCAGCUCAGGCAAGCACACCUGGGACGUCAGCGUGGGAGAUAACACGGCGUGGGUUGUCGGCGUGGCUAAAGCAUCCGUCCUGAGGAAAGAGAAGGUGUCUUCAGUGCUGAAGAACGGCUACCUGUGUGUGUACUUUUACCACAAAAUGUACUUUGCGGGCACCUCUCCUUUGACGAGGCUGAGCUUGAAGAAGACCCCGCAGAGGAUCAGAGUUCAUCUGGACUGUGAUAAGGGCAGGGUGUCUUUCUACGACCCGCACGACAACACGCCCAUCUACACCUUCAAACACGCCAUCACUGAAAGCGUCUUUCCGUACUUCUGGGUGGGCUGUCAGCAGUGUCCUCUGACGGUUCAGCCGCUCGAGGUUUCUGUGAAAGCUGUCGAAUAUUGUUGAAAGUACAUUUGCACUUCAAAACUUUUGGUUUUCUUCAACCCAGAUGGAAUGGAAACUUAACAUAGCGUGAGAAAGGAGGUUUCAGCACUUUAUUUCCAGCUCCACUAUGAUAUCCUACAAUCAUUUAUAGUUUAAAAUAAUACUGAUAAUUUGUAAGCUUAUUUCAACUCAGUCUUUGCACUUUGAACUACUAUAAAAUGACAUUUCUUUCAAAUGUUUGUUGUUUAAGUAGAACAAUAACCAUAAUGUGUGUCAUGAAAAUUCUGCACUGUAGCCUGGAAAAGAACAAAAAAAAGAAACCAUUAUUGUAUGUGUGACUUAAUUUUAUGGUCUGGUUUGAUUAUGUUAUGGAUAUAUGGCAAAAUCUAAAUGUGCUUUAUGUGCAUCUAUUGCAGAAAUGUUACAGCUGGUUUACUAAUAAAUAACUGGCAGACAUCGUGACCUUGUCUGUCCUGACUGAAAUAUGAAAAAGGGUUCACAUGUGGCCUGCAGAAGAUGGAUACAGCAUAGAAUGAUAAAACAUAAAACUAUGGAAUCCAAUGUAAAAUAAACUUAAGAUAGCUUUUCACAACAUGUUAUUAAAGUGGACAUCUUUGCA